AUGCUGGCAGUGAAAUAUCGCUUGUACAACAGAAGCUUGUAACUGUGCCACUAGCAGCAUCAAUAAAGGCUGACCGCCUCUCUGACGCUCAGUCAUCGUUACUUUCGUGACAGCUAUCAUCUGUGCUUGGUGGUGGUUGUUGUUUUUUUGAAGCUGAUCAGCAGUAGCGUCAUGAAUCUGUGGCUCAGCAGUUAUUUUCUGGUAGCGGGGCUGUUUCUGAGCAGCUCGGCCCUGACACCUGAAGAAUGCCAACCCUUGGUCAAGCCUUUGCUUCUGACUGAACCCUCAGUGAUAUAUGGCUGGUGGACCACUGUUGCGGGUUACGUUGAUGGUGAAGGAUUUGAUGCCCUUCAGAAGGCAACAGAGAGCACCUGGAUGAAUGUCACUCAAUCACCAUCCAGCCCAAAUGUAGUUGUUUUAUCUGAGAAGAACAAGAUAAAUGGAACCUGUGUGGACAUAGCUUUGAAUUUAACUAUUGAUGGCAACACUGCAUCAGGGUCAGUGGGCGACAUGGUCUUUUCGGAAUUCCAAUUUCUGCCGAGCUGUGACAGCUGUUUCAUCUUGAGCGUCAACACCACCGCCAGAAACCUCGACAAGUUAUUACAGCAAUUAAACAUCAACAUGGACGUUACAGGGGAGGAGGUCAACAUUCGUGCCAUUUAUUUGAUAGGCAGAGAGUCCACCGUGAAGGACUCUGAACUGGAACAUUUCAAGCAGCAGGCGAGCUGCCUCGGCUUCUCCAGAGAACCAGACUUCAUCUACGACCCCAAGAACGGACGCUCAGUCAUCGUUACUUUCGUGACAGCUAUCAUCUGUGCUUGGGUGAUUUUUUUCAGUUAUAUUUUGAAGAUGAUCAGCUGUAGCAUCAUGAAUCUGUGGCUCAGCAGUUAUUUUCUGGUAGCGGGGCUGUUUCUGAGCAGCUUGGCCCUGACGCCUGAAGAAUGCCAACCCUUGGUCAAGCCUUUGCUUCUGAUUGAACCCUCAAUGAUGUAUGGCAGGUGGAGCACUCUUGCAGGUUACGUUGACGGUGAUGGAUUUAAUGCUCUUCUGAAGGCAACAGAGAGUGUCUGGGUGAAUGUCACUCAAUCACCAUCCAGCCCAAAUGUAGUUGUUUUAUCUGAGAAGGACAAGAUAAAUGGAACCUGUGUGGACCUAGCUGUCAAUGUAACCAUUGAUGGCAACACUGCAUCAGGGUCAGUGGGUGACAUGGUCUUUUCGGAAUUCCAUUUGCUGCCGAGCUGUGACGGCUGUUUCAUCUUGAGCGUCAACACCACCAUCAAAAACCUCACCAUGUUAUUACAGCAAUUAAACUUCAACAUGGACGUUACAGGGGAAGAGGUCAACGUUCGUGCCAUUUAUUUGAUAGGCAGAGAGUUCACCUUGAAGGACUCUGAACUGGAACAUUUCAAGCAGCAGGCGAGCUGCCUCGGCUUCUCCAGAGAACCAGACUUCAUCUACGACCCCAAGAACGGAUUCUGUGCUUAAGGCGAGGUCAUGAAGUUUCGACCAACUUUUAUAUAGGCUAACUGACGAAGUCAAGAGACAAAAAGUGACU